AAAAAAAAAAUGGUAAUAUCAUAAAGCCAUAUAUAAAACUAAAAAAAAUAUACUUAGGCGGCUAACGAUAUAUUAACUUUAACACACACUCAAAUACAAGCAAAACCAGCCAAUUUAUACCCCAUAAUGAAGUAUAUUGAUGAGUUUGACAUUGACUUGGUCAACCAGGCGUUGACUUUUAAUACCACCGAUAUGCACAUACAGGGAACGUGCGAUUUGUUUACGACCAAACCGGUGGGAGCAGAUAGAAAACUCUAUAAAGUUUUGGGCAAGCUCUACAAUUCAGAAGAAGACACCUCCGUUGAUACGGGGCUUGAAUCUCGAUCUAACUCCAACAACAUUGAAGAACGACCAACACUCAAACAAACUCGCCAAAACUCAAACGUUUCAGUACACUCCAACAAUUCCAACAAGUCUAUGGACUCUUUAAAUUCUCAAUUCAUGCAACUUAAAAACAGGUCGUUUUCUUAUUCUUACACAAAACCAGUAUCUGCAUUGGAAGAGAAGAGGUUUAAAAGAGCUCACUCCUUCAAUUCCCCAUCACCAGAACCAGAAAUGAUUAAUUCAGUAAUGGACUCUCCAUUUGGUCCUUUAAAUCAAUCUUCAUCAAGAAAACUAUUUGGAUAUCUAAUUGGAGCUUUGAAUGCGACGUUUCCUGAUCACGAUUUCUCAACAGUUCAACCCAACCACUUUACAUUACUUAAUUCGACUUCAGAUUUGGUGGCUAAGGUCAAUUCAUUCCUAAUAUCCGCAGGAAAAUCUACGGGUUUAGAUUGGGUAUGGCAAACAAUAAAUACACACAUUGACUUAGAUCAAUGCGUUUGCUUCCAGUUUGAUCCCCAACAAUCUUUUACAGAUGACUUGGGCGUUAUUUGGUGCAACAUGAAUUUUAUUUUUAACAAGAAAAAGAAAAGAGUUGCGUUCCUGUAUUUUCUUGCAACAGUAUUAAACGAAACUGCUGAUAGUACAACCACACUGAGGCGGAGAAAUAGCAAAAUGGGAACUCUUGAUGAGGGAGGAAUGCAGCUGGGUGAAGACGAUAGUGAGUACGACUUGCGCUACAAUAACGACUAUGGCCCAAUAUAUGAAGACGUUUUUGAAGAGGAUGAUGUAAAUAAUGUCGAGGACGGUGCCAACGUCCUGGUGCAAGGUAAAAAUGGCCCUGAAGAGUUUGAUUUUGAUGAUGAAAACGAUUAUGCAAUGUCGGAUGAUGACAUGGCGAAUGAAAACCAGGAUGACGAAGGAUUUGUAUGAUUUUGUAAGAUUUGUAUGAUUCCUCGGUUUGGGAAUUUCUCGAGAAGUUUACGUUUACAGUUCACUGGAUACAGUGGAUAUAGAUUCUAAUAUUUAUAAUACAAUAUAACUUAAUUCAGC